UAUCUGGCCUCAGUAGAACAUUUACAGAAGUAGCCAGUUAAAUGUGAGACCUUCACCCUAAGCAUCAGACAUCCCCAUAAACGCGGCUCGUUCCACUCGACGAGGCGCGAGCACGCUCCCCAUUAAACGUGCCCGCUGCGAUGUACAUUUAAGAACAAGCGAUUGCGUAAUGCGAAACAUCGAGGUGGUGCACUAUUUGCGACCCGGCUCGGACAGCAAUAGCCUCUUCCACUUAAGGUCGGGGAAGGACCUUGCCCCCUAUAACAGCUUUAACGGGGGCAAAACGCCGUCUGCAGCUUAGAGGAUAGAAGAAAAAAACGUUGUUAUACACGUCCAGAGAGAUCACCUAGUUAGCGCCACAAGAAUCAGUGGUCCGUGGCCCAGAUCCAGUGCCCUUCCACGGGUCUGUAUAAAACCGUAACGCAUCAUCCACUCGCGAUCGUCACUUUUGUGCCACGUUCCAAACACAGUUAGCUACUAAUGAUCGUCAAGAGAACCCUUUGAAACACAACUAUUGAAGAAUUGCAAGAUCGUCAAGAUCAAGAAAAAUCAUGUGGGUCGAGCCCUGAUCAGAAAAUAAAUACUGUGAUUAUUCGAGAUCUUAAUUAAAAAAUCUGGAAGAACGAAUUAUUGGUCCGGGAGUUCGAGCGUUGAUGUGUGCGGGCAUCUUCUGCUUUCUACUGAUCUUCGCCGUGAUCGCUAUCCUCGUCCUGGUGUUAGUCAAGCCAGUCUACAUUUGGGAGAUCAAAGCUGAACAGUGAUUACAAAUUAAAAUUGAAGCAUAGGAAGCUUGAAUCGUGUAUAUAAUAAAUUAUAUCGAAGUAGAUUUGAGUGGACAAUGGCGAGAAUAAUCAUUGCUAUAGUAUUUCUAUCACUGACUGUCAUGACAGUGAAUGGCCAAGGAUCUCUUUUGGAAAUGUCUCAACAGCUUUGGACGAAACUGUUAUUAGGAGGCUUCUCGAAAACAGGUAAACUCGAUCCACUUAGAGUGCCGGUGAUAAAGGUGGACCAGUCGGAAGGGAACACGAGCUACAGAAUAAUUCUCCGCAACGUGGAGAUCACAGGAUUAAACGCGUCCACUUUGGAGAGCAUCCACAUAGCCCGUGGAAGGUUGAAAUCAAACUUGAGCGAACUCGAGGCUGGCUACGUGAGCUACAGCGAUUUACGAGAUUUGGACGCCAUUAGAUACAGAUUCCACACGUUGAUCAAGGAACCGAAAUCGCAGACGGACAGCUUCGAGGCUAUAGUCUCUGCCACCGAUCAGAACAGCAAAUUCAUGGCCAAGGAGGAAGAAGGUCGACUCGAGAGGUUCAGACAGUACGACCCCUUCUUGAUGAAGAUUCAAGCAGACAAAAUGAAGCAAUCUUCGGCUGAUCAGAGCAGUCGUAAGCUUCACCAAGAGUCUGGCUUAGGAUCUUUCAAUAUGGAAGGCGCGAGGGUACUUUCGAAGUCUGAGACCAGCCAAAUCGUCGAGAACCUGAGGUACCCUGCCGAUGUUCAAAUGAUCUAUGCAAUGAGCGCGAUCAAUUCCGGAUUGAAUUCGAAGAAUGAACAAAAUGAGAAUUAUGACCGAUCUAGAACUCUCUAUAGUGAUCAGAACAAGGAAAACAGAGGACAGAGUCAGAGAGGAGAAGCUUACGACAGAUCUUCCAGUGGCUCUUAUAGUGAAAUUCGUAGACAGGGUCAAAGGGCAGAGAAUUACGAUAGGCCUUACAUUGGUCCCUAUAGCGAACAAGCUAGAGAAAAUAUUAGACAGAAUCAGAGAGGAGAGAACUAUGAUUCUCAAUACAGAGGACAAAGUAGACAGAGUCAGAAUUUCGGUAGCAGACCGGAGCAACGUUACGAUCAGGUCGAGGCUUCGGCCUCGGAGAACGUGGAGAGCAGAGUGGCAGAUCAGAGAUUUGUUCCUGGUUACCUUGGCAGGGAACAAGCUUACCGUGGUGGUUCAAUGCGACUGGAAAAACAGCCUGGAUAUAUCGAUAUAGUCUACGCGGAUGGAAGUAAUAAUGGUAGCAUGAGACGAUUUGGAAAUGGGAGAAUCGACUCCAGCGACGGUACCAGAGUGUAUGGAACCAAGGAUUCUGAGGAUAUUCUUGGGAAUAAGAGGAUUAUUAGUCGCAACUGCACCGACGGAGAGUCGUUGACGAAAAGGAACGACGCAGUGAAGGCGGCUAUAGCAGCGAAAAAGCUGGACGGUCUUUCUCGAUACGCGAGGGAUUAUCAGGAGAAGCAAGGAUAUUUCGAAGAGGGCAUGCAGCUGCUUUAUCACUACGGUGGAAUGGAUCGUGGGAAUAGAGAGAAACUGGGCCAGGGAGCCAGACAUAAGCGUGCUCACAGAGACAACGAAACCGAUGACGACGUGAUGCAUGUGAUUAUGAAAAUAAAAGUUCCCUUGCUCCGCGUGAAAUCUGAUUACCAACUGACUGGAAAAGUUGGUCAGGAACUGGUGAGAGGGAACGGCAAGCUAAGUGGCAAUUUCACGGAAUUAAUCGGCGACUUCACGGUCGAACUGAAGAAGGUGAAGAAUCAGGAUAUGCUAAUCGUCCGUGCAGCCAGGAGUAAGUUGAGCGCCAAAAAGCAGGACGUUUCUCUUCAGGGAAUGGACGAAAAAGGAGCAGUGAAAUCGAUUCUCACAAACGGUUUGAUGGCAGCAGAGGCGGUGGCUGCCAUGCUGGCUGACGACCUGGCCACCAAGGCUCUCAACGACAAAACGGCGGACGCGAUGAUUUACAGGAUGUACAAAAAUCUUCCGGUCCAUUAGGGAAACCGGAUACUCCGACAGGUUUACGUAAUUCAAUCGCUCGACUGCGGAUUUCCAUGCACGAUUCAAAAUUGGUUUUAAAUAAAAAUUCAUUCUGUCAUUGAAAUAUUUCAACAUGCUUCUAACAUUUAUUGCAUGCACAGUGAAUUUUCAUAGAAAUGCGUCGAAUCCAUGUUUUAUUAAUGACCGUCCAAAGGUUUAUGAAAUGAAAUAUUUCAAAUUCGAGUUGAAAUAGCAUUUGAACUUUUGACCUAUAUUUUUAUACCUAUUGCGUGCUCUCGUUACUGGCUAUAAUAAUAAUAAAACCGACUAACUAAUAGCACUACU